ACUGUGGCCACUAUGCAUUAAUGAUGCAAAAAGGGAACAGCAAACAGCAAUAAGCAAUAAGAGAAAGCCCACAGAAAAUAAAAAAAGGGGGGAGGCUCUUUUUUAUGUGUCUUGUUUUUGAACCGAGAAAUCACGGGACAUCCCUGAAAUUUCUGCUUUGAAUUCAUCUUUUCUACUGCCAAACGACCUAAUCUCUUCCUGAUCCUAUUAGAUAGAGCCGUGAAAAUUUUUCAAGUCUCUUCUCUUUCUUUGGAAAAUGUACGUUUCUUUGAAUUUACUCUUCAUUUCAAUACAAUUCUUGAAGCCAUGAACCUCUUUAACAGCGGCUUUAGUUUGAUAAGUACUUGUGUAUGUUUUUUAUCUGAAAAAAUACUAUAUGGGGUGUUUUAGAUUCAUGAAACCCGAUUUCUCUUUUUUGUUUUUCUGCAGAACCCAUGUUUUUGAAUCAGUUCAUGCACUUUCUGAAAUCAAUUCACACAUUCAGAAGGAAAACAAGUCCUUUUGAUUGUUUGUCUUGACAGUUAGAAAAAAGAAAAAGAGUAAUUUGUGUGUAGAAUAUUAACGUACAGAGAAAAGUAAAAUAAGAGCUACAAUGGCGAGCUCAUGUUUCCAUGCAUUUCGGCUUAGAAAACCAAAGAGCAAACCGCUGUCAGUGCCUUCAUCAUCAAAAUCCCAGUUGAAUUCUGACAUGGAGAACUUGGAGAGGAAGAGAUUUGAUAGCUUGGAGUCAUGGUCAAUGAUUUUGGACUCUGAGAACGUCGAGACUUGGGAGGUUUCAAAGGAGGAUCAAGAAGAAUGGACGGCUGAUCUUUCACAGUUGUUUAUUGGUAACAAGUUUGCUUCUGGUGCUCAAAGUAGGAUUUAUCGUGGAAUUUAUAAGCAAAGAGCUGUUGCCGUAAAAAUGGUGAGAGUUCCAAAUCAAGAGGAGACUAGAGCCAAAAUUGAGCAACAGUUUAAGUCUGAAGUUGCCUUGCUUUCUCGUCUCUUUCAUCCCAAUAUAGUUCAGUUUAUCGCAGCUUGUAGAAAGCCUCCAGUGUACUGUAUCAUCACUGAGUACAUGUCACAAGGAACUCUGAGAAUGUAUCUAAACAAGAAAGAGCCAUACUCGCUUUCAACAGAAACAAUACUGAGGUUAGCUCUGGACAUAUCCAGAGGAAUGGAGUAUCUUCAUUCACAGGGGGUGAUUCACAGGGACCUCAAAUCAAACAAUUUGCUUUUAAAUGACGAAAUGCGGGUAAAGGUGGCUGAUUUUGGUACAUCAUGCCUCGAGACACAGUGCCGCGAAACCAAAGGAAACAUGGGAACUUAUCGCUGGAUGGCUCCAGAGAUGAUUAAAGAGAAACCUUGUACUCGAAAAGUCGAUGUUUACAGCUUCGGAAUUGUCCUCUGGGAGCUCACUACAGCUUUACUUCCAUUCCAAGGAAUGACCCCUGUGCAGGCAGCAUUUGCCGUGGCUGAGAAGAACGAGAGGCCUCCACUGCCGGCGAGUUGCCAGCCUGUGCUUGCGCAUCUGAUAAAGCGAUGCUGGGCGGCAAAUCCAUCAAAGCGUCCGGAUUUCAGUGACAUAGUUUCAGCUCUGGAGAAAUAUGAUGAGUGUGUGAAAGAGGGUCUGCCCCUAACAUCACACUCUGGACUUGUGAGCCGAAAUGUGAUUAUUGAACGCUUGAAAGGCUGUGUAUCUAUGAGCUCCUCCAUACCUGUACAUGCCUGACUAUAUUUUAAUUAGAAGAAGAAGAAGGUAUUUGCCAUUGUCUUUGCUCUUUUAAGGUUUGCCUUUGUUGGUAGAUUAAUUAAUUACUUCACAACAAUAAU